AUGCCACAACAGAAGCUGAAGCUGAAGCCUGACACAUCGAUACAAAAGUGGCCCGGCGAGUGGCAACUGACAAUCAUACGCGAGAUGAAUCGGCUGGGCAUGAUGGUGGAUCUGUCGCACGUCUCCAAGGGAACCAUGCGCGACGCGCUCGAGGUGAGCGAGGCGCCGGUCAUCUUCUCGCACUCCUCCGCCUACGAGCUGUGCAAUACGAGCCGCAACGUGCAGGACGACAUCCUGCAGUCGCUGGCCAAGAACGGCGGCCUCGUCAUGGUCAACUUCUACUCCAAGUUUCUGUCCUGCAGCGAAAACUCAACGGUUCAGGAUGCAGUCGCGCAUAUUAAUCACAUUAAGCGCGUUGCUGGCAUCGAUCACGUUGGCCUCGGCGCCGGCUACGACGGCAUUAAUUACACGCCCAAGGGCCUGGAGGAUGUUUCGUCGUAUCCCACAUUAUUCGCUGAGCUCUUGGGUGGGGGCUGGACCAUGGAUGAGCUGACCAAAUUGGCUGGGGGCAAUUUCUUGCGCGUCAUGCAGCAGGUGGAGAAGCUGCGCGAUGAGAAGAAGGCCGCCGGACUGAAGCCCUACGAAGAUCAUCCCAAUUUCCGCACUGACGAUCCAUACAAUUGUACUUCCAGCUAAUUAAAUCUAGGCAUUAGAGCCAAACAGGUUGUACAAUAGACCAGUUUAGUGAAGGUGCAUGCAACGAAAAUCUAUAUAAAUACAAUACACAUACAUAUAUAUAUAAAUAUAUUUGGCUGCAUAUAAGUGAACACACAUAGAAAUUAAUAUGGAAUAUUUGAAAAAUAAAUAAAUAAAUACAAUUGCAUUCUAGUUAUGUAAGAUAUGGCCUAGCUAUGGUUUGUAUAAGCUUUAAGUAUAUAUUCAUAAGACUAAGAGUAUUUGGCUAGUUAUUGCUAAGUUCUAACUAAACCUUUCGAAUUUUGUUGUUGUUAAGUUAUGAGACAAUCUACAGACUGCCAAGAGAAGCCACAGCACCCACACUUUACAACAAAUCGUUGAGAUUCAUUUGAGAAACAAACACCAAAAGGUUUUUUGCUGUCCACCCAAACCAACUGCUCCAACCGCAACUCCCAUAUGAAAUUCGUUAAAGAUUCCCCAAUUACGACUUUCAACUGGACCAACAACAGAAAUAGAUCAAAUCAGAAUUACGAUAUAUG